UUUGUAGACGCUGGCGAAAGACUAAAACAGGACUCGGUUUCAAUUUCUGAAGGGCACGUUGCAAUAACAUCGAAAAAUGGAAGGCCUCGAGGAGCCUCGAGGACUGAUUUACAACCGAUCAUCAUGGACUGCGCGACUACUUAUUGCCUGAAACUUAUCCUGAAACUGAAAGCUGCUGACCAGUGGAGCAUUCGACAUCCCCUACGCACUCGGUCGCUCAUCGAUAUCUUGAUCAAGACUUGAUCAACUAUCCAUCCAUCUUUCAACGAUGUCUGAUAUUGAUGAAUCGUUUAUACCUUCCCCGCCCUCCGACUUCUAUGAAACGGAGCCAGACGAAGCUCCUCCCCUGCCAGUGAGAGUGCGUCCGACAUUGCGGCAUGAGCCAGAUGCCCAAAUACCACUCCGCGCAGUGCGUUAUUCAUCUCGCAAAAAGCGUUGGGCACAGACUUCCAACUGCGCCAGAGGCGUCAGGGAGCCCCUACCAUCUGUCUUCCGCCUCGUGACAUGGAACAUCGACUUCACGGCUCCUGAUAAGAAGAAGCGGCUUCUUACUGCCCUCUCCUACAUCCAACAACACGUUCUUGACUGCAGGACCGUCAGUGAACGGCCUGAACCAUGCUGCAUCCUGUUGCAGGAGGUACACGAGUCAGUUUUCACGCAGAUCCUCAAUGCCGAAUGGGUACGACGGUGUUUCAUAGUUGUUCCCACUAGCGUGGACAAGUGGCCAGACCAAGCAAAGUACGGAAAUGUCACGCUAGUCUCCCGCACAAUUCCCGUGGUCAAUGUCUCGACCAUCGAAUUCAGCAAUUCUAAUAUGGAACGCAAUGCUCUAUUCGUUGAUAUUAAACUGAGCGUCCCGGCUCACGAAGACGAACCUCAUCUAUCAGGAGGCAUCGUUACGCUACGCGUUGCAAACACGCAUCUUGAAUCAAUGCCACAAGGAACCGAGGCACGCCCCAGGCAAUUGCAACUUAUCGCAGCUGCAUUGCGUGGGAGGGGAAUCUUCGGGGGAAUUGUAGCAGGGGAUAUGAAUGCUAUCAGUCCCACUGACGAGACGAUUGUGGAGGCAGCCGGGCUGUAUGACGCCUGGGAAGGUGAUGAUAACGAUGAUGAAGGCUUUACCUGGGGAUACCAGCCUCGGGGACGAUUACCGCCCGGAAGGUUAGACAAGGUGCUCACCACCGGACAAGAGGGCUUCAUUGUGGAUGAGCCAGAGAGGAUAGGGAUUGGUGAAGCGAUUGGGAGGGAUAAAUGGGUGAGCGACCACUAUGGGCUGGUAACACGCGUGCACGUCGUGCGUGAAGAUUGAGGAGAUAACGAAAGAUCGGAGCUGGUGAGAAUUGACGGGGUGCAAUGAAAACACUAACGUACAGUGCGGACGUAGUAGCACCCAGUAUCUGAUGUAUUUUUACGCUAUCAACGGUAUCCCGAACAACGAUUCAACGAACGUCGAGUGUUGAACAAAAAUUCGAAACUGAUUCUAGCCAUGCAGAGAGACUCGAGACAGAAAUUUGGUUGAAGCUUAUAUAUGCAUGGCUAUGGCAAGGAGCACUUAGUACAUAG